AUGACCAGACAGAGUCAUUUUUUAAACGAUGUGUUAAAAGAAGCUAACCAAAAUAAGUGGCAACAAAAAUUACGGUAUGCGAAUGCAGAUCAAAUUAAUGCUGUGAGUGAGUUAGUGAUGAACACGUUGCGUGGGAGUGUCAAACCUGGGAGAAAAACAGUGAGUCGUUUAACACCGUAUCGUCAAUCUCUUCGAGUCAUUGCCAACCCUCGUCAGAGUAUAAAAAAGCGCAAACAUUUGAUGAGUUCACAGAUUGGCGCUGGCGCGUGGAAAGAAUUACAUCGCUGUUAUCACUGUGCUAAACGGCAAUAUCGUUAUUAAGUCAUGAAACGUAAAGUGUUACAACAACUUCUUUGUCUAUUAGACUAUUUGCUUCUACUAGCACAAAUGAUCAAAGAGUUUCGACAAAAAGUCAAAGAGAGAUACAGACCCAAACCAAUAUAAGGACAAGGCUAAACUCUUAUUUUCAUUAGCAAACAUGGACGGCAUUUCAUCCACACCGAUUGAAAACUCAGUGCAAUUUUUACGUUUGCAGAUAAAUAUAAAUCUAAUCUUUUAGACGAUAGCCGUUUAACCAAAACAGCAGGUUUAGCCGCGCAAAAAGAACUUUUGUUGGAGAGUCCUGCCCCGGAUACAUGGAAAGAACCUUGUUUAAAAUCAGUCAACCGAGAAUUACAACAAUGGGUCAAGAAAAUUCGUCAACCAGGAGGAACACGAGGAAUAAGUCGCGAUGAAGACGACAGUGAUGAUGAAAAUUUAGCCGUAGGCCCGUUACAACAUUUUAUGGGAAAUAUUUCCAAAAUCAGUAUCCUCAGAUGACUGUUUUCGCAUUUGGAGUCAUUUAACCAAAGAAGAGGGAGCUACGCGUGUUCAUACCUUUGACGAAGAUAUAAAUAGCCGUUCACUCUCAAACAAACGCAAAUCCAAACAUGAAACGAAAAGGACAACCAAAACGAAGAAAAGGUAAACUGGGGGUAGCAAGACAACGAGGAGGGAUUGCUCCCCUGUUAGCCGCAGCGAUUCCAGCUUUAGCAGCUGGAGGAAAAGCGGCCGCGUUAGGAGGUUUAAGUGCAUUGACGACUUAUGGGACUAGGAAAGCAAUCCAAGUGUUAGAGAAAAAGAAGUAUAAAAGGAGGAGACGCCAACCAAUGAAUGACCAGACGGAGUCAUUUUUUAAACGAUGUGUUAAAAGAAGCCAACCAAAAUAAACGGCAACAAAAAUUACGGUAUGCGAAUGCAGAUCAAAUUAAUGCCGUGGGUGAGUUAGUGAUGAACACGUUGCGUGGGAGUGUCAAACCUGGGAGAAAAACAGUGAGUCGUUUAAAACCGUAUCGUCAAUCUCUCCGAGUCAUUGCCAACCCUCUUCAGAGUAUAAAAAAAUGCAAACACUUGAUGAGUACACAGAUAGGUGCUGGGGCGUGGAAAGAAUUACAUCGCUGUUAUCACGGUGCUAAAAGGCAAUAUCGCUAUUAAGUCAUGCAUCGUAAAGUUUUACAACGACUUCUUUGUGUAUUAGACUAUUUGCUUCUACUUGCACAAAUGAUCAAAGAGUUUCGACAAAAAGUCAAAGAGAGAUGCAGACCCAAACAGAUAUAAAGACAAUGCUUAACUCUUAUUUCCAUUAGCAAGCAUGGACGGCAUUUCAUUCACACCGAUUGAAAACUCAGUGCAAUUUUUACGUUUGCGAGAUAAAUAUAAAUCCAAUCUUUUAGACGAUAGUCGUUUAACCAAAGCAGCAGGUUUAGCCCCUAAAAAAGAACUUUUGUUGGAGAGUCCUGCACCGGACACAUGGAAAGAACCCCGUUUAAAAUCAGUCAACCGAGAAUUACAACAAUGGGUCAAGAAAAUUCGUCAACCAGGAGGAACGCGAGGGAUAAGUCGCGAUGAAGACGACAGUGAUGAGGAUGAAGGAAAUUUAGCCGUAGGCCCAUUACAGCAAUUUAUGGGCAAUAUCGCAAAAAUCCAAAAAACUACAAAGAGGAAAGCGAGCCCUGUUCCUCCUCAAACACCAGUAACACCCACGGUAAAACAGUCUCCCCAGACUCCCUCCACCAGU